GACAGGGGAUUGAUCUAUUUUGGCGAUGUUUGUUGAGGAUAAAUACUAGGUCUGGCAAUUUAACAAAAUGUUCUGUUGCUUCGGUAAGGCCCCCUUUAGCCCAACCUUCACGCAGCAACAGCUUCCUCUUCUGGGUCGGACACCACUCAGACUCGGCACCUCCUCUUCCACCGAGAGAGACAAGGCGCCCGGGGAACUCUCGUUCGUCGCCGUUUCCCAAGUGAACUCAUUCCCGUCCGGGAAACUCCCCCAAACUCUUAAAUAGUCUGGGGGAACAUGGCAACGAUCAUUGGGAGCUGCCGCAUGUUGCGGAGUCCCUUCAAGCGGCGCCUGUUUCACGGUGGAUAUGUCGCAGAUAGACGGGCGGCCAGAGCGGGAGUUUCUGCCCGCGGUUUGGGAUCCGGGCAGGUCCGAUCGUUCCACGUCGCACCGUCAACUCUCAGUAUCAGCGCCUUCAUGCCAGAGUCCAGCUCCUUCCCAGGGGUGAGAUCGUACACCGACCUGCUGGACUUCUCCGUCAGGGAUCCCGAGACGUUCUGGGGGACCCUGGCCAAGGAGAGACUGACGUGGAACCGGGUCUUUCACACGGUUCGGGACUGUGACUUCAGCGGCGGUCGGAUCGCCUGGUUUCUGGGAGGACAACUCAACGUGUCAGUGAACUGUUUGGAUCGUCAUGCCAACCAGUCACCCAACAAGGUGGCUUUGAUCUGGGAGAGGGAUGAACCAGGCACCGAAGUAAGAAUUACAUACAGGGAGCUUUUGGAGACUACGUGCCGUCUAGCCAAUACCUUGAAGCGGUAUGGUGUGAAGAAAGGAGACAGAGUUGCUCUCUACCUCCCAGUAUCCCCGCUGGGCAUAGCUGCAAUGUUGGCGUGUGCGAGGAUUGGUGCCGUACACAUGGUUGUCUUUGCAGGGUUCAGCAGUCAAGCGCUGGCUGGAAGGAUUUGUGAUGCCCAAUGCAAGGUUGUUAUCACCUGCAACCAGGGAGUCCGUGGUGGCCGCAUUAUCGAACUGAAGAGGACGGUGGAUGAGGCAGUGAAAACAUGUCCCACAGUGAGACAUGUUUUUGUAGGUCAGAGAACGGACAAGAAGGUUCCCAUGGGUGAGAUCGAUAUACCACUUGAGGAAGAAAUGGAGAAGGAACAGCCUGUGUGUGAUCCUGAAUCAAUGGAGAGUGAGGACCUGCUGUUCCUGCUGUAUACUUCUGGAAGUACGGGGAAACCCAAAGGACUGGUGCAUACUCAGGCUGGUUAUCUGCUGUAUGCAUCUUUGACCCACAAGUAUGUCUUCGAUUAUCAGGAAGGUGACAUUCAUGGUUGUGUGGCAGAUAUUGGCUGGAUUACAGGCCACAGUUAUGUGGUUUAUGGUCCACUCUCCAAUGGUGGGACCACCGUCUUAUUUGAAAGCACUCCUAUCUAUCCAGAUCCAGGUAGAUACUGGGAGACAGUGCAGCGGUUGAAGAUCAAUCAGUUCUAUGGGGCCCCAACAGCCAUUCGUCUGCUGCUGAAGCAUGGAGACAGUUGGGUAUCCAAGUAUGAUCGAUCAUCCCUGAAGACACUAGGCACAGUUGGGGAACCUAUUAACCACGAGGCCUGGCAGUGGUAUCAUAAUGUUGUGGGGGAAGGCAGAUGUACCCUCGUAGAUACCUGGUGGCAGACAGAAACCGGUGGGAUAUGCAUAUCUCCACGUCCUUCAGAGGAGGGAGCAAAGAUUGUACCUACAAUGGCCAUGAGACCAUUCUUUGGCAUUGAACUUGCCUUAAUGAGUGAGAAGGGGAAUCGUAUGGAGGGCAACGAUGUUACAGGUGCUCUGUGUAUCACAAAUCCUUGGCCUGGCAUGGCCAGAACAAUCUACGGGGAUCACCAGAGAUUCCUGCGUGCAUAUUUCAACGAAUAUCCAGGCUAUUACUUCACUGGUGAUGGUGCAUACAGGUCAGAGGAAGGCUAUUACCAAAUCACUGGCCGGAUGGAUGAUGUUAUCAACAUCAGCGGACAUAGACUGGGCACAGCUGAAGUAGAGAAUGCUCUGGAUGAACACCCCCAAGUGCCAGAGACUGCGGUAAUUGGCUUUCCUCAUGAAAUAAAAGGGGAAGCUGCAUUUGCCUUUAUUGUUUUGAAAGAUUUAGAGAACAUUUCUGAAUCAGCUAUCAUUAAGGAUCUCAAAUCAAUGGUGGCAUCUAGGAUAGCCAAAUAUGCUGUUCCUGAUCAUAUUAUGAUUGUGAAGCGACUUCCCAAAACUCGAUCUGGGAAAAUCAUGAGGCGGGUGCUGAAGAAAAUCAUCAGUGACGAAACCACUAAUCUGGGGGACCUCAGCACACUGGAUGACCAAAGCGUCAUUGCAGAAAUCAUGGCAACCUACAAAAAAUAUAAAAAAGACCAUGAAAGCAGCCAAUAGUUUACAUCAGGAAUCCUUAGGACUGGUUCCAGUUUGACAUAUGGCACCAAAUGGCUGCCUGGUGUUCAGAGUCAUUAAUCAGUGUUGCACCAAUAAGUUGAUAAAACUGAUUCCAAUAUCAAUGAAUCAUCGCAAAAUGUAUAUGCCUAGAUUUUCUCCUUGACCCAUUGUCAGGGGCUCAUAAUUGUUAUUCUAUGGGCAUAUACUUAUGUCUGACCAAACACUACAUUUUGAGUGUCUGGAUGGUUUUUGCCGUUGGACUGGGUGAUAAUAGAUAGAAACAUAGAAACAUAGAAAAUAGGUACAGGAGUAGGCCAUUCGGCCCUUCGAGCCUGCACCGCCAUUCAGUAUGAUCAUGGCUGAUCAUCCAACUCA